AGCCAGAGCAGUCAACGCUAAUUACUAGGUGAGGUGAGCAGCUUCGGUCUUGAGUGGACAUCAAGAGGCCUCCUCAGAGAAAAAGAACUCUUGUGGCUCAGUCAAGCGUGGGGGGUCAGAGACGCAGAUGGACACGUUAACCUGCGCUUUGGAGCUGCUUGGGAUGCUGGUGUAUGUGGGAGCAUGGCUGUGCGCUUUAGCCACCACUAUCUCACCACAGUGGCUGACCAUGUCCACGGAGCUGCUGCCUGUGGAGAGCUACGAGCUGGGCCUGUGGGAGACCUGUGUGGUCCAGGAUGUUGGGGGGCUGGAGUGUAGGGCUUAUGACAGCCUGCUGGGCUUGUCCACUAACCUCAAGCUAGCUCGCAUCCUCAUGUGCGCAUCCCUCACUGUGGGCAUGCUGGGAAUCCUGGUGGCUAUACCUGGACUUUACAUGAUAAAGAGCUGUAAAGAUCAUGAAGGCUCUCGAACCAAGAAGACUUUAACUAUCAUAGGAGGGCUGCUGGGGAUGGUUUCUGGAGUGCUGUGUCUGAUCCCUGUGUCAUACAUGGCCCAUUCAGCCGUGCUACAUUUCUUUGAUGACACAAUACCUGAUGUGGUUCCACGGUGGGAGUUUGGAGGUGCCCUGUUCUGCGGCUGGGCAGGAGGAUUUCUUCUCAUAGUGUCCGGGCUGCUUCUGGUCACCUCUUGUUUGCGUUCACAGGUGGAGCCUCAGCCUGUGGUGCAACAGAGGUACCGGGCAAUGAAUAUAGAUGUGAACUUCAGGAAGCGCUCAGAGUAUGUUUAAGAAACAAAGUGUGAAAGAUUUACAUGUAUAGAGACUGACAGCAUGCCACAAUCACCUGUAGAACUCUACUUCAGACUACUUUAAAACACUAAUAUAAAUAUCAGCAUCACCAUACUGUAUAAGGGUUGCUUCAUCACUUCAUAGAUUCUGUAAAACAAAGAAAUUCACACCAUGUCUGAGCUACUUUAAAUGACUCACCUGCACAAUCCAACAUGAUAUUUUAAGACUCUCUGCUGUGACCAGGAAAAACUAUAUAUAUGAAUGAAUAUGACAUUUUUUUAAGGAUAUGUUUUGUAAAAUGUGUUAUAUUUCCUGUUCUGGGAUUGAAAAUGUAGCU